AUGGGAAAUUGGUUCCAGGCGAGAAUGUCACCUGGUCUAACAUUCGUACUCCAAGUUCUCAUGGUGGGAGUUAUAGUCCUAGAUAUAGUGCUCGGAAUCGUGGGAAUUGUCAUCUUCGCAGUUCAGUCAAAGAAACUUUCGAAAAAAUUAAGGUUGCGGCCCGGCGGAAGUCGACCAAAGGAAGGCGAGGCGGAAGAGGUAGCGCUUGUAGGACCAGAAGAAGAGGAAGAUCCAGUUUUUGGAUUUGUUGGGAUGCCGCGCAAUCAACCAAGGAAAGGGAAAGAUUGUCCGAAAUUUGUUAUAAUUCCUCCAGCAGUCCCGAGAAAAAUCAAAAAACGCACACAAAUCAUGCGGGAACAAGGAGCAGCAGCAACGUAA